AUGAUGGAAAACUUUAUAAUUGCCCAAGCUCAACAAAUUAAAGAGUUUGCAAAUCAAAAUGCUCACACGACUGAAUUGAUGAAACAAUUUUCAAAUAAGUUUGAUGAUAUGGUUACCCAUAAGAAAAUGUUAGAAACCCUGAUCUCCCAAGCAGUCCAACAACAAGCUGCAAUAGCAUCCCUAGCUAGACCAUUUCCUGGUCAAACUCAACCAAACCCAAAAGGCCACGCUAAUGCUAUCACCCUUCGGAGUGGAACAAAAUUAGAUGCACCAAUUGACACCAGAAUCCAAAAUUUGACCAUGUAUCAAAAUUCUGGUAAGGGAUCUGAAAAGGUAAACGAACCAACCAAUGAUGGAAAAGAAGACGAAAGCAGAGAGGCAAAAGAUAAAGAACUACCUUAUAUGCCACUGCCACCAUACAAACCACCUGUACCUUAUCCCCAAAGACUUGUUAAAUCCAAAAAUGAAGGAAAAUUUAAGAAAUUCGUAGAAAUUCUAAAGAAACUUAACAAUAACCAUACCAUUCAUAGAAGCCAUUACGCAAAUCAAACAUAG